GGUAAACCUGCCGAUUUCUGCCGAUUUCUGCACGCCGAUUUCUGCAGAUUUCUUCGCGCCGAUUUCUUCGUGCUGAUUUCUUCGUUCUCCUGUGCAUCUUGCUCGCCGAGUCGCCGAGUCGCCGUCUUGCUCGCCGAGUCGCCGAGUCGCCGAGUCGCCGAGGAUCUCCUGCUCCCUCUCAACAGGAUGUCUAGUUUGGAUGGUAGUAGUUCAGGUGCUAAUGAAGGUGGAUCAGGAGGUGAUGGAAGAGGUAAACAAACGACAUGGAGACAACAAUCUUGUAGUAGAGUUCUCGAGAAGGCAUUAAAAAAGCAAAAAAAAGAUAAAUUGAAGGUUGAAUUUGAAGAGCAUACUGGAGGUAGUCUUGGAGAAAAUGGAAAAUGGUUUAAUAACUUGAUAGCUCAAAUAGUUCGAGACACAAUAUCUCCUCGUAUUACGAAUUGGGAGGAUGUCUCUUUGGCCGAAAAACAACUCAUAUUUGACCGUCUUGAUAACAAAUUUGAAUAUGAAAAGACGAACUUGGUGAUUGCGGAGGUAGAGCGUCUUGCCAUGAGAGCUAUUCGAGAAGGAAGGUGUAAGAUGAGGAGGCAUUGGAAACAACUCGGGGGACUUGGAAAUAAAGAUUCACCAAAAAGGAAGCCGUACAAGGGAGUAAGCCAAGAUGAUUGGGAUUUUCUUUGUAAUUAUUUUGGCACAAAAAAACAAAUGGAAAUAUCUGAAAAGAAUACUAAUAAUCGUUUUAAUAGGCCACUUGAAGGUGCACAUGGAUCGAAAACUUUGGUGCAACAUUAUCACAUAGCUGCUGAUCCUGUGACGGGAGAGCUUCCGAGUGUGGUUGACACCUUCGAGAAAUUUUUUCACAAAGGAGGACAAUGGAAGAAUGAUUGGGCUGCACAAAAACAUGCUGAAAUGGUAGAUCUUCGAUUGACUCAAUCAGAAAGUGAAGAGUUCACCUCUACGGUUGAUAAUGUACGCCAGCCAAAGGAUGUCAAUAUCAUGACACAAGUCUUAGGCUCACGGUCUCGUUACGUGAAGGGUUUAGGUCCAUUACCUAAACUAUCUGUAGUGGGUGGUUCUAGAGCCACAAACAUCAGUUCAAGGCAUCAUGAUGAUUAUGGAAAAUUUACAACUAUGCAGAAAACAAUCGAUGAACAGAAUCUGACUAUACGUGAACAGCAUCAAAAAUUUGAAGCAUUAUUGCACCAACUUCAACAGGUCAUUCCUGGCUUCUCAUUCCAGCCUCCACCAACAUGCUCUUCAAUUCGACCUCCUCCACCACCUCCCCCGCCUCCAUCAUCGACUAUGUAGUUUUUUAUUUUGCAACAUUAUGUAAUGCACAUUUCACUACUUAUAUGUUCUUUUGGAUAAUA